UUUCCGCGAGAGCCCUAAUCACCGCGAGCUACCCCUCCCCCACCAUUCCUUCGUGCUUCACUUCCACAUCGAACAAGACCUGAAAAGGAAGAAUUGCUCUAUCCACCAGGAUACUCCGGAAUUAAAUUACAAAAUGACGCGCUUCCGACCUUGCAUUGACCUCCAUGCCGGAAGUGUCAAGCAAAUCGUCGGCGGUACAUUAUCCACCACCUCCGAAUCCGCACUCAAGACGAACUUCACCUCCGAGCAUCCCGCCGCAUACUAUGCCGAUAUAUAUAAAAAGCAUGAUUUGGGUGGCGCACACGUUAUAAUGCUAGGACCUGGCAAUGACGGAGCGGCCCAAGAAGCAUUGACUGCUUGGAAGAACGGAUUGCAGGUUGGAGGUGGAAUCACGGAGAAGAACGCGCGUGAGUGGAUUGAGAGAGGUGCUGAAAAGGUGAUCAUCACAUCGUACCUUUUUCCCGACUCCCAAUUCUCCAUGGACAGGCUAAAAGUGGUCCUCGCGGCCCUCGACAACGACAAGCAAAGACUUGUCAUUGAUCUUUCCUGUCGGAGAAAGGACAACAAAUGGUUCGUUGCAACGAACAAAUGGCAGACCAUUACCGAUUUCGAGUUGAACCAAGAAUCGAUUUCCCUGCUCGAACCAUACUGCUGCGAGUUCCUCAUACACGCAGCCGAUGUCGAAGGCUUGCAGCGCGGCAUCGAUCACGAGCUUGUUAGCAAACUCGCCGAGUGGUGCAGCAUACCUGUUACGUAUGCUGGCGGAGGGCGCUCCAUAGAAGACCUGGAGCUUGUGAAAAAGCUCAGCCAGGGGAAGGUCGAUCUGACUAUCGGAAGUGCGUUGGAUAUAUUCGGGGGGUCGGGAGUCAAAUUUGAAGAUUGUGUCGAAUGGAACAAAAAGCAGUGAGGGGGCGCACAAGCUCGACUUUAACAAUUGCAUCGCAAGUGGGUGUGAAUUUUUGACGAAAUAGGGUCUGGAGCUCCCGUUGUGUUGAGACAGGGUGCAGGAGAGUCUAUCCACAGAAUAUGACCACUGUGUAUCCU